UAGACAUUGGACUCAUGAAAUGGUGUCGGUUUGCGAGUGAUUGGCAAUCAUUCGUAAAUUUCGGCACAUUUCAUGAGUUAAGUCACGCACUGUAGUGUCAGCUGCUAAAAAUUGUGAUUCUUUGCCGAUGCAUUGGGGAGGCCGUCCAAAUGGUGUAUCAUCGAUGCUCACUCAUAUGAUUACAUCCAAUGACGUAGUUUUUUGUUUCAGUGGCUCUUGUGGCAACUGACUUACCGUUUUGCCCACAUAAGGGGAUUUUGAUAUCUCUUCCUGCUGUUUCAUACUUCACUUAUUUGUCUUAAGGUUGGAACGACUUGCCGCUCUCUUCAGAACUAGAAUGCGGUAAAUAAGCGUUUGCUCUGCCCUGCAUAAGCUGUGUUCCGUUUGUUUUGCAACGCAUGCCUUUCUCGCAAAAGUUGCUUGCUGCAUUCCGCCGUUUCUUUCAGCCGCAGAGGUAGUGCUGUCCCCUGGAUCUAAUGAGUUUGACGAGCGCGUGACUGUUCUGUAUGUGCACAUUUGCAGCCUUUCCGUCGAGUAGCCAGGUGGUUUGUGUGCUUCAAACGCAAGCAGUGACUUGCGAAGUUCCUCAACAGGCAGGAUACGUUCACAUGCCCUUUCUUUCUGUGCUGCAGAUUCAUCUGAGGACCAGGAGAACACAGAGGUGCUGGUCGGCAACGCUCAAAACCUGAUGCAGGCAGUGAUUGAGACUGUGCGCGGCGCAGAAUGUGCGAGCAUCAAGAUGCGGGUGGACAGCGGCCUUAGGAUGCGAUGGCAACCGCGACCAAUUGCAAACACAUGCUACUAGUUGCCCUGCUGACCAUCGGAGCGUGAUCGAUCCACAAAUUACGUACAGGAUGCGUAUCCAGUGCCCAUGGAUCUACACCUCAGCAGUGCACACAUGUGUCUACCUCUACAUCUGACGGCCACAGUACACUGUUAGCCAUUUUCUCGUCCCCCCGCCUUUGUGCGCCACAGGGAAAAAAUCAAUUUCAUCCGCCCACCUGGCGCCAACAACUUCAUUACCCCGCUCGACCAUAGACCCGGCUUUGCUUGCGUUGGUUCGGAGCCAUAUUUUUAUCUUUGACUUUUUACUUUGCCAAUCUCCCUCCCGCAGGAAAACGCCACUUUUCCCCGACCUUUAGCCGAUUACUUGGAUUCUGGGUUCGCGUGAGUGUGAAAAUUUGACGCUUCUUGGGGACUUUUGUGAGGUGUAAUGCAUUUUUUUUGCUUUUAGGCAAUCCUGGUUGGUGAUCUCAGUCAUACUCACCUUCUUUAUAAGUAUGUGGAGGAUCUCAUUGUGGAGGUAA